AUGGCGCAUUCUCGGUGGACAAACUGGCCGACGUCUGAGCGUGUGGCUGCCCGAGGCCAAGCCGGGUAUAACGCUCUCUUGGCGGGCAUACGUAGAGGGCCGAGUGGGGUGGAAGUCUCGACACAAUCAAGAACCGGAUCCAAUAGCACGUGGCUGUCCGAGUACAGGCGCUCAUCGGCCGGGGACCAUGAAUCAACUUUAGCUAUGAUGACAGUGAAUAGUGAUUUUGAUUAUUCAGUGAAUAGUGAGGAUGAUUAUUCAGCCUACUAUGAAGACAACAUUGAAUAUCAGUCUCCUUGCGACAGUGGUGACAUAAUAGAUUUCAGCAGAGUGUUUAUCAUUACACUCUACUCUUUGGUUACCAUCCUCGGCUUCAUCGGCAAUGUCCUGGUGGUGUGUGUCCUGGUGAAACAUCGGAACCAGACAUCUUUGACAGAUAUCUGUCUUUUCAACUUAGCUUUGUCUGACCUACUAUUUGUAGUCACGCUUCCACUUUAUACACACUACACUAUGGUCAAAACAUGGACCAGUGGUAACUUUUUGUGCCAUUUAAGUGGUGGCCUGCAUAGCACUGGUUUCUUCUGCAGCAUUUUUUUCAUGGUUGUCAUGACACUGGAUCGCUAUAUGGUUAUCCUGCAUGAUGCCAAAGUGGUCCAAUAUCGCACUGUGAAAACAGGGUACACUCUCACUGUAGUUGUGUGGUUUCUGAGCUUGUGUAUCUCCCUCCCAUCUUUCAUUUUCACUACAGAGAUACAACAAUCUAACGGGCUGGGUUGCAGUUACGUCCCAAACAAUAAUGCCUGGAAGGUGUAUGGAAUCUCAUCAAUAAAUAUUUUGGGUCUGGUGCUCCCUUUGCUGGUUAUGGUGCUCUGUUACUCCAGGAUCUUACCAGUCUUAAUGAGGAUAAAGAGUACGAAGAAGCAACGUGUUGUCAAGCUGAUUAUUUCCAUAGUGGUUACCUUCUUUCUCUUAUGGGCUCCAUAUAACAUUUCCCUUUUUCUGAGAUAUCUGCAGACUCAAGAGAGAUUUCCAAAAGACUGUGACUCUUUAAAACAUUUGAAAUUAUCAAUCGCAGUCACUGAAACAAUUGCAUACACUCACUGCUGCUUAAAUCCCAUCAUAUAUGCUUUUGUGGGACAAAGGUUCAUGAGGCGUGUCUUUCUACUGGGUAAAUGUAUGUCUGUCAGCAGACAUUCGUCAGACUACUACUCUCGGAAGAGUUUGUCCAUUUCCAGAUCUUCUGAGCGCACAUCUAUCCUCUAA